AUGGCAAAGCAGCAGCUGUUUGGCCACUUGCAAUUUGUGCUGCUCAUCACAGUGGCUUUCGCGUUUGUCGUUUGUAAUAAACAAUGCUCCAAAAAGAAGAGGACAACUUUUGAGCAAAUAGCGCGCUUUAACCUGUGGUGCACAGCCACAACCCAUGGACAUAAUAAUUGCCCUAAUUGGAAACAACGACAGCAGAGCAGCAGCUUCGUCGAUAGCAUGGCUCAAUUUACGCUCUACAAUAAACACAACGCUCCGCCCAACAAUGAUAUUCUCACCCGUGUCGACUGCGACUGCGAACAUGUGCCGCUCUGCUCGAUUAACGAUGUGCAGUUAAGAUUCCUGGUGCCCGACGACUUGACCGAGGUGCGCACACUGUGUCAAGAAUGGUUUCCCAUCGAUUAUCCACUGUCAUGGUACGAGGAUAUUACCUCAAGCACGCGCUUCUUUGCGCUAGCCGCUGUUUAUAAUCUGGCCAUAAUUGGUUUAAUUGUUGCCGAAAUCAAACCGUAUCGAUAUGUCAAUAAGGAGGUAAUAGCCAACAAUAUCAGUGAUAGUGAUGAUGACUUUUACACCAGGCUGAGCGGUUUUCCCAUGCAGGACAAAGGCAUAUUGCCCGACUCGAUGGGACGCACAGCCGAUGUGGGCUACAUCUUAUCGUUGGGUGUCCAUCGUUCGCAUCGUCGCAAUGGCAUUGGUUCGCUUCUAUUGGACGCACUGAUGAAUCAUUUAACAACAAUCGAAAGACAUGCGGUUAAGGCAAUCUUCCUGCACACGCUGACCACAAAUCAACCUGCCAUAUUUUUCUACGAGAAGCGAAGAUUUACGCUACAUUCGUUUCUGCCUUAUUAUUACAAUAUUCGCGGCAAGGGCAAGGACGGUUUCACGUAUGUGACCUAUAUAAAUGGCGGUCAUCCACCUUGGACUCACACAGAUCACUUCAAGCACUACGCUUCCAAACUGCGUCACACUGGCAGCCUUUGCGUGUGGAUGGCGUCUCGUGUCCAGCACGUGGUGCGUUGGUUCUACCACAAGCUGUUAACACGCUUCAAUGUCAUUGAAUGAGCCAACGGACUGCAAUCACCACCUCCACCACCAUCACCAUCUUCCUCAACAGAAGAUUGCGCAACGAUUUAAGAUUUAAGUGUGAGUUCGUUCGUUCAUUCCAUCUGUAAACAACUUGUCAAUAUCAUUCAUCGUUGAGCACAUUCACAUUCUAAAUGUUAGGCGACGAACCAAAUCAUUUCGUUUUGUAACUGAAAAAGAGAAAACAAAAAACAACAAACUGAUACUGAAGAAGCAACAACAAAGAUCGAACAAUGUUGAACGUUUUUGUAAAAUAGUUAGUCUUUAUAUGUAUACUACUACUACGUGUAUUAUUACGUUUCGAAAUAUGUUCACUGCUGUAAAUAGUCGUAUCAUAUUUUUGAUUUCAUAUGCUGUACAAGUAACUAUAGCGCGCAAGUGAUUUUUUAUACGUUCACCUUUAUUUUAUAUUACUAUAUUUUUGUAUUUUGUACGACGAUGUAAAUUAAUGUUCCCUCUAGGUCCUUAUCUAUUUCUAUUCUACGCACAAGACAGUCAUUUUUAGUUAGUUUAGCAAAAGAAAAGAAAAACCCACAAAACAAAGAUGCUCACGCUUUACAGUUUACUCUAUACAA